UAAAUAACAAAGAGGAGAGGCUAAGCCUUGGCUAUAAAAAAGAGAGACGCUAAGAUCCAUCAAAUCAUCAUCUUCAACACUACAAAGAAAAAACAGACACCAUCCCCUCUAUCUAUCCUCGCUUCUGGUCAGUGCGAUCACGUACGAAACCGUGACAAAGAAGAAACUUAUAAAAAUAAUGGGAAUCCUUAUUGAAGAAACAUUAAGCUCUAACACCAAAACCCAAAUUGUUAUAGAUGAUGAUAACGAGUUGGGUCUGAUGGCCGUGAGAAUAGCCAAUGCUGCCGCCUUUCCGAUGGUUCUCAAAGCUGCCCUAGAGCUCGGUGUCUUUGACACUCUCUACACCGCCUCGGUGUUCCUCUCACCUUCCGAGAUAUCAAGUCGACUACCAACAACACCUCGUAAUCCAGGAGCGCCGGUUUUGCUAGACCGGAUGCUACGUCUACUCGCUAGUUACUCCAUGGUUAAGUGCGGUACGGUUCAAGCCGGACUGGGCGAGAGAGUCUACAAGGCUGAGCCAAUUUGCAGGUUCUUCUUGAAAGAUAACAUUCAAGAUAUAGGAUCCCUUGCUUCUCAAGUCAUUGUCAAUUUCGAUAGUGUUUUCCUCAAUACUUGGGGACAAUUGAAAGAUGUGGUGCUAGAAGGAGGAGAUGCAUUUGGUCGUGCACAUGGUGGCAUGAAACUCUUCGACUACAUGGGUACAGAUGAGAGAUUCAGCAGGCUCUUCAACCAGACCGGAUUCACCAUCGCGGUCGUGAAGAAGGCUCUUGAAGUUUACCAAGGCUUCAAAGAUGUGAAUGUGUUAGUUGAUGUUGGAGGUGGAGUUGGUAACACUCUCGGUGUUGUUACUUCUAAGUAUCCCAAUAUUAAGGGUAUCAACUUUGAUCUGACUUGUGCCUUGGCACAAGCACCUUCUUACCCUGGGGUGGAACAUGUCGCCGGAGAUAUGUUUGUGGAUGUUCCAAAAGGAGAUGCCAUGAUCUUGAAACGUAUACUUCAUGAUUGGACCGACGAAGACUGUGUGAAGAUUCUUAAAAAUUGUUGGAAGUCACUACCGGAGAACGGUAAAGUUGUUGUGAUAGAACUAGUCACACCUGAUGACGCUGAGAAUGGAGACAUCAAUGCAAACAUUGCCUUUGACAUGGACAUGUUAAUGUUCACCCAAUGUUCUGGUGGGAAAGAGAGGUCACGAGUUGAGUUUGAAGCUCUGGCUGCAGCUUCUGGCUUCACCCAUUGCAUGUUCGUUUGUCCCGCUUAUCACUGUUGGAUCAUUGAAUUCUGUAAAGAAAAUGUAUAAAAAUACAAAAACUAAACUAAAUCCUCACAUGAAGUUAAUCUUUGGUUCAAUUGUUUGCUUGUAAUGAGUUAAUGAUCACUCCUCUCUCUCUUUGUCUUGAAGCAAUAUGAAAUAAGAAGUUAAAAUUUUAUAUUA